GUUAAUAUUGUCAACUCUAAACAUGUUAAUAUAUGUAACAAAAUAGUUUCUGUAUUAUUAAGAAAUAAUCGUAAUAGAAUAGUUUCAUUAUAGUAAUAACAUUGCAUUAUAAUAUUUGCCGUCUCGCUGGCAACAUUUUCCUUCUUACAAUAUACUUGUUAAUACGUUAAGUUCCUUCUCUCCCCCAGAACACUCAGGCCUCAGACUUCUCUCAAGGUGUAGCUUUAUAACUAAUUCCAUUAGCUGCCACUUUGAGCAAUAGCUGAAGCUGCGGCCCGUGUUCACCAACUACCUGGCAGAAGGUGUCUGACGGAGUAACAUGACUAUGAGAAGCUGUAGCCUAUGUUGUCGUGUAUUUAACAAGGCGGCCCUCAUGCUCCUGCUCCUGCUGCUCUUCUCGAUAUGUGGCCUCAUCUUCCUCACCAGGUUCAGUUAUUGGGAGAGAGCGGUGACGACAACAGUCUGGUGGAGAUCUCACAUGCUCCUCAACAAGGCGGCCUCUGGCGGCCUCAACUCUACCACAAUUGAGGAGUACCCGGAGCCGGCCAUCAACAGGACAGUCAGGGAAGACACGGAUCCCGUCCUUGAAGCUCUACCAAAUCUGCCUCUCAGUUACCACAAAAACAAUAAUCCACACUUUCCGUCAGGCAACAAGAGCUGUGGCCAGUACCCUCCACUGUUCGAUAUUAGCUUUAAUAAUAUUUACUGGCAGGUGUUACAAACGAGCAAUGUCACUUUCUACCUGCUGAGUGCAUCUUACGACAACCGCACUCUUAGUAAGACCAAACCUUCCCUUCGCAUAGUUACCAUGGUCAAUCACUAUAAACCUACCGUGAAGAUUCACUGUCAGAUCUGGUUUGAUAAUAAAUCUUUCCCUAUUAUUUCAAAUGUUACAGACUAUCAAUAUAUAUGGAAGAGAAGUUGGGGUUAUUACAAGGGAAGAGAAAUGGAGCCGUACCUACUAGAGUGUGUGGUUCCCGCUGAACAUAGGCACGAAGUGCCACAGUCAGUGUCGCUGGUGCAGAACCCUUGCCACAAACCCACUAACAACCUUCGCAUUGUCAACAACCAGCCCGAAGAUGGUCAGAAAAAGAAUUUUGCUGUAUGCGUCAAAGGGUUAGACUUUCCUUCUGCAGACUUAAGUGUGCGUAUCAUAGAGUGGCUUGAGCUGGUGUUCCUCCUUGGUGCUGACAAGGUGUUCCUCUAUAAUCUGGGGAUACACCCAAAUAUUAGCAAAGUUCUAGAUUACUAUCAAUCCCUAGGACGAGUGGAUGUUAGAGAGUUAACACUGCCAGGGCAACAACCAAAUUUCCGUGGACUGUUGCAUAGGUACUUAAAUGAACACUAUGUAAGGCAGUGGAAAAACGAAGUGUUGCCAUAUAAUGACUGUUUUUACAGAAAUAUGAACCUUUACAAGUUUAUUGUAUUAAUUGACAUUGACGAGGUGAUUGUACCCAAGAGAGGUAGAGACUGGAGGUCGCUGCUGGAGCAGGUUGAGCCGAGGGCGAUGGCCGCAGACACUCACACAAGGUCCUCCUACUGUGCUCCCCAUGUCUACUUCUUGGACUCCAUGCAGGAAGCUCAUGGUCACAACCUCAAUAUACCGCCUUACUUGCACAUGAUGCAACACGUCUAUCGUUCUGCUGCAUACAACCUGCCCAGACAAUUCGACAAAUGUUUCUUUAACACUGAGUGUAUUGUAACUGUCUUUAACCAUCACCCCAUGUCUUGCUUCGAUCACUGCAACGUACUGCUAAUGCCCGUUGAGCACGCCCAGAUGAACCACUACCGUAAGGACUGUGUGUUUCCGAUAAGAAGCAAAUGCCCAUUCUUUAAGAAUCAAACAGUUUUUGAUAACAGACUCUGGAUAUACAAGAAGAAUCUGACCAAGAAUGUGCAAGAUGCAUUACUUCAUCUUGGGUUCUUAGAGUAAAAGUUUCUUGUAAUGACUACUAUAUGGGAGUAAAUUAUGUUAAUUUAUGUGCACACACACACACACACACACACACACACACACACACA